ACACAUCUCAUUCUCCUUGGAUCGAAUUGUGUGUGCAACCAUGGUGAACAAAACCACCAACUCUGCAUCCAAACAUCAAAAACAACAUGGAGAGGCGACAAAAGAUGCUGCUAGAAGAACCUUGAAGACCAAGAUUAAACAGUUGACAAAUCAAGUCCAUGCGAGGCGAGAGAAAUCAAUUAAAGAGAAAGUUCAAAGGCAUUCGGAAAAUCUUAAGCCUUUGUUUUCAAAGGUCAACUCGAUAAUUUCAAGGAGGGGGACUUUGCAAAAUAAGGAAAAGGUCAAUAUGCUUUCCUCAAGAAUUAACAAGCCAAUUUGCAAGCAUAGUGGUUUCCCUAAAGGUUUGGUAGGGAAAGAUUGCAUCAACAAAUUGGAUAUUGCACUUGCAAAUGAAAUUAGGAUUCCAUACCUUGAAAAAUUACCACCAUAUACAACUUGGGUGUAUCUAACCAGAAAUAUAAGAAUGGCUAAAGAUCAAUCUGUCAUAGGAAAAAGACAGAUUUACUACGACAAAAUUGGUGGUGAAAUAAUGAUAUGCAGUGAUAGUGAGGAAGAGAUGGUAAAUCUUAAAAAUGACAAACAUGACUUUACUGAGGCUGAAGACCUAAUUUUGCGGAUGACACUUGAGGAAUAUGAGUCUACUGAAGAGGUAUUGAUUAUCGUUAAAGAGUUUGUUAAAACUACUGAUUCACAAAUUCAGGAAAGGUAUGAAAAACUCAAGGAAAAGCAUAUGGGGAGUCUAGACAAUCAUUCUGAAGAUUGUCAUUGUAAAGGAUGCAAGUGUCACCUUGAAAUAUGUUUGGAGAAAAGCUUGAGUGCUACUUUAGAAUCUUUUGAUAACCUUUUUUGUCGUCAGUGUCUGAUCUUUGAUUGUCCUAUGCAUGCCACUUCUCAACCUGUAAUGUAUCAUAGUGAAAAGCAGCAAGUGUGGUCAGAACAUGAAGGUGAUAGGCAACCAUGUAGUGACCAAUGCUACCUCUUGGAUAAAAGAAUCAAUCCAAUAGAAGGAUGCCAUGAAUCUCUAAAAAGUCUUGUUGAACAUACUUCAAAGAAAUUAAUAGUUUCUGGUAGCUUCGGCCACGGUGAGCGGGACAAGGGAGUUGUGGAAGGACAAAAAGAUAUCCAACUGUCCAAUUCAACGAAAGUGCAAGCCAAUGAGAUGACAAAUAACUCAGAUUGGAAACAUCUAGAGAAAGAUUUAUAUUUGAAGGGAGUAAAAUUGUUUGGAAAAAAUAGUUGCCUUAUAGCCCACAACUUGCUUCCUGGGUUUAAGACUUGCUUAGAAGUAGCUAGGUACAUGCUUGCUAGUGGAGAAUCAAUGCCUCAUGAAUCCAUACCAAGUUCAAUCACUAACAGAAAUGAUAAGAUUAAUGAAGAUUGCAUAGACCAAGAAAUUCCAUCAAGAUCAUCGCCACGAAAAAAGUUAAAAACUAGGAAGUUUAGUUUUUCUCAAAAAUCUAUUGCCCUCUCACCUAGAUGGAAAAGAGUUGGUUAUGGAAAAGACAAUUGCAAUAAGCAAUAUACUCCUUGUGGGUGUCAGGGAAUAUGCACACAAGAAUGUUCUUGUCUUCGUAAGGGAACUUACUGUGAAAAAUAUUGUGGGUGUUCAAAGCUAUGUGAUAGUCGGUUCAAAGGAUGCUAUUGUGUUAAGGGUCAAUGUAGAAGCGAACUAUGCCUAUGCUUUGCAUCAAACCGUGAAUGUGACCCAGAUGUUUGUCAAAAUUGUUGGGUUAGUUGCAAUGAUGGUUCAUCAGGGGAGCCACCUCGACAUGAAGAUGGUCAAUGUGAAAAUAUGAAUCUUCUUCUAGGAAAAAAAGAGAGGAUUCUUUUGUCAAAGUCAAAUGUUGCAGGAUGGGGAGCUUUCGCAAAGAACCCAAUUAUAAAAAAUAUUUGUUUGGGAGAGUAUACGGGUGAACUAAUUACCCACAAAGAAGCAGAGAAACGUGGAAAACUAUAUGAUCAUAUAAACAAUUCAUAUCUUUUUAACAUCAAUGAUCAGGCAAGUGUAUCUAUCAACUUCAUAUUCUCUUAACUUGUACAUGUUCUUGCACUUUUCUCAAGCACUUGAGAGCAUUCUGACAAUUUACACGUUCAAAUUAUAUAAGAUGUAAAACCUAGUAGCUAUUAGUUAAUGUCUCCAGCAUAUAGAUAAUAUUUUCCCUUGAUUUAUAUAUGUUUCCUUAUUUUGUUAGAAAUUAAUGAAUUAGAAUAAAGAUAUGAAUUGUCUUAUUGGUUGUAUAGUUGACUUUGAAACAUAUAAUUAUCAUUUGAAAUAUAUGACUUGAGGAGCCUUGAGUUGACGUCUUUGGUCUCCCAUUCAUUAUAGUUUAGCUUAAUCUUAACUAGUGUUUUCAAAAUCAAGCAAGUUAUUGACUAGUCUGAGAACUAGGACACUGAAUGAACCACAUGAAUCAAUAUUUAUUAAACAUUUUGAAUUUUAUAGUUCAAUUUUUAUAUAUAAAUUAAAAUUUUCAUUAAUAUAACCAAAUGUAUGGGUUGGUUUGAUGGCUCCAAUGUUUUUAACAUUGCAAAGGACUAGAAUUCAAGUCCCUAAAAGCUUAAAAAUUUAAUUUUCUUAACAUUGGUGAGAACUGGAUUGAUCCGAUUUACAUCAAGUUGCUAAUAAACUGACUGAAUCAUAAGCCAAAUGACAUGGAAUGUCCAUAUGAUAUUGAGAAAUUGAGGAAAUGCAUUGUUGAUGAUAGAGUUUACAUAUUCCUCGUUGGACAAAUUUGCAAAACUACUAAUUUUUUUAUUAUUAUUUUUGUUAACUUUCUUGAAUUUACUUCCUGUCAUCUUUUUCUUGGAAAGUAUAAUAUAUCGUGAUAUGAAAACAACGAUUUUAAGGUUUUUCAUGCCUAUCUGCCCUCAACUUACUAUAUGACUUUUCAUAGUGGGUUAUUGAUGCGCGUCGCUUUGGGAAUAAGUUAAAAUUUACAAACCACUCAUUAGAACCCAACUGUUAUGCAAAGGUGAUGUUGGUUGGAGGAGAUCAUCGGGUUGGCAUAUUUGCCAAGGAAAACAUUAAAGCCGGCGAUGAACUUUUCUAUCAUUAUUACUAUCAUGAAAAAUGCACACCACCAUGGGCUCUUCCACCAAAAGAAAAGGCUUCUAAGGCACAUGAAUUAAAUGUUUCUCAAGGCAUGGCAAAGAAACAUCUGUCUGAUUAAUGAAAUCUAGCAAAGGAACCAAGGCUUCGCUAAUUCCAAGGUUGAAAGUUUGACUAACUCCAAGCCAAUAUGUCAACAGUAAGGUCUUCGUUACUCUACUAAUACCCCAUGCAUCAAUGACGAGAGAUCUAAGGCUUGAUAUAGCCCAUCCAAUCAAGCAUGCCAACUAAGUUCUCAAUCAAGAUUUUGUAUCAAAGACCCAAGGUGGAAAAAAUGGUGUUGAUAUGAUUGAUAUGCUAGUUAUACGUGUUUAUGCUCACACCAGAUUAAUUUCAA